GCAUAGGUAUUCAGAAAACUCGCUUCACGCUCGCAGACAACUUCUGAAUCUAGCACGGACAAGACGCGAAACCGCACAUCAUAUAGAUUAAAUUGCAACGCAAGUGUCAAUCUUGUUUUUUCUUCAAUAAGUGCUGGAUGCGAUUUCGCGAGUUUAGUAGUUCAAUUCGUGCGUAAAAUUUCUCUACUAGAGUGUCUCCCUCGCGUACGUGGAGCAGGUACCUAUCUACGUUGUCAACUUCGCUUCCCAUUUCCGGACGGAUGGAUGAUGUGUGGCGAUGCUAAUUGCUUUGCGGAUGGUCUGGUGAUUCCUUGAUGGUGCUCACUGGCGCUGGUGGUGUGCUGAAGAAUAUCGAAGAAAUUAGAGUUCAAGUGCUGUGAAGCGUAAAAGGUGCUUUUAUUGUGUGCCCGCCGUGAAGAAGUGAAGCAAAUUUGGCUAUAAGGUUCAAGGUGUUCCUAGUGCGAAAACGUCUCACUAGCUCAGAAGCCAGGUUUAUCACAGGAGAAAAUGCACAUCAGGUUGGAAAACUUCCAUAUGGUAGCCUCAGCGCUGGCGAUUCUAUCUGUUGCGUUGCUGGCGAGGCUUGCCAAUGGAUUGUCGGAGAGUAGCAGCAGUAGCAGUUCGGACCACACGACCACAGUGGGACGGUUUCCAUUUCUGAUGCCAAAAGUUAUCCCGUACAAGAAGGAACUGUACCUCUGUACGCCCGUGAAGGUGGACGACACCAAAAGUUAUUAUAUAGUGGGCUUCGAGCCUAAUGCUACGAUGGCGACGGCUCAUCACAUGCUGCUGUACGGAUGCGGGGCACCCGGGUCGCAAUCGGCCGUGUGGAACUGCGGCGAGAUGGCCAAGAGUGACGACGUGAAGGAGGAAACGGGCAGUCCGUGUGGCGCCGGGUCGUCUUCGCAAAUCAUUUACGCGUGGGCACGUGACGCACCGAAGCUGGAGCUGCAGGAUGGCGUAGGAUUCAAAGUGGGACUGGAUUCUCCCAUCAAGUACAUUGUACUGCAGGUUCAUUAUGCCAACAUUGAUAAAUUUAAAGAUGGUACUACAUCCGAUGACUCUGGAAUAUUCCUACACUAUACAUUGAAGCAGAUGAACAAACGGGCCGGCGUGUUGCUACUGGGUACCGGGGGUUCCAUUCCGCCGCAUCAGGUCGAAUACAUGGAAACCGUGUGCAACAUCAGUGAAAACAAAACGAUUCACCCGUUCGCCUAUCGGACCCACACGCACAGCUUGGGACGGGUCGUGUCCGGCUACCAGAUCAAGAUCGACCAGCAGGGCCAGAAUCAUUGGACACGGUUGGGCAAACGGGACCCACUGACGCCGCAGAUGUUCUAUCCGGUGGAGAGCACCGCACCCAUCCGCAAGGGCGAUCGCUUGGCGGCACGGUGCACCAUGGAAAGCAAUCGCAGCACGGUGACGAACAUUGGUGCCACCAACAAUGACGAGAUGUGCAACUUCUAUCUGAUGUACUACGUAGAGAACGACGAGCCGUUGCAAAUGAAAUACUGCUUCAGCAGCGGUCCUCCAUAUUUCUACUGGAAAAACAAGGACACCGAGCUCAACAACAUUCCAGACUACGACGCAAGUCACCUGUAAAUUGCGGAUUUCAGUGAAACCUCCUCAUCUACAACUACAAAUCAUAUGCACUGAGAAAAAAAAAGAGCUGAAAUGAAGAAGAACCCAAAGCACACACAUCACUUUACAUCACAAAUUAUUAUAGAUACCUGUGUAGAAACUACAACUUAAAGAGAGCAGCUAACAAGUGUAUAUUUCAACAAACAGAAAGUCAGAGCUAACUACAGCAGUCAAAUUUUUAAACUUAUCACAAACAGGAGAUAAGCUCGACAAAAGAGAAAUCAAUCUUUCGAACCAUAUCAGAUAAAAGGUUUUAAAAAAUAGACACACCGAGCUCGAAUCGCACCUAUCACAUACCGAGUUAUAGGGAGACAGCCAAGAAUCGCGUAGAAAACUCAAACCCCUCCUCGAUUUUACAGCAUGCUUUAGUCUAGUCAAGGAGAACGCAUUUCUAUAUAGUAGCAGGUCUGUGAAGUUCAAACAUUGAAUUCAAAGUAUCUUUGAACCAAUCAAUCUCUGGCACCGUAGCCACCACGUUGGUUCUCGGUUAUUAGUGUAACUUGUUUUGGUUAAAACUUAUUUAUUGCUACGCUGCUUCCAACGUUUAUUGUUAUGCUUACUUAAAUGGUUUAUAAGGUGAGUUACUACUGUAGUAAAGUUCGAAAGGGAAACGAAGUGGCAAAUGGAAUCGAUGGUACAAGAGAGAGAGCUGUGAGAAACGAACCUGGUUGAAUCAUUUUGAAAAGUUUAUAUCGUGAAACACGAAGAGAAACACUUUUUGUACUGCUGAACAGUGUUCUUUACGAACAAGAGAUUUAACUUUGGGAUACUUAAGCGCGUUACUUUAAUAAUACUUUUGAUAGAUCUUUUUUUGUUUUGGUGAAACCACAUCAACCUUUGCUGUGAAAUGGAAGACACUUUCAGGAAUUGGUGUAUGCUUGUACUUAAACUGAUUUUUUUUGCUUUGCUUUGCAAAUUAAAAGACUUGUCCUUUAAGUUUACUCAUCAUUAUCAUCCCCUCUGUAGAUUUAUCACCAGUCAGUCAAAUCAUCAGAUUUUAACAAAGACAAGUUCAAUUAAAUCUAAACAUUUUUACCCCACAAUGUGUAAAAACCUAGCAAAAAUAUAACUUUAACACAAAGAGAAUCACAUGUUAUGUAUAUCGGUGUAAACAAAAAUAAAAAUUUCUCAUUAGUUACAUGAAAACAGCAACAUUCUAAUCUACUACCUGAAAACCAUAGCAUUUUUUCAACGUCAACCGUGCAAAAGACGAUGAAUCUAAUUCAGAAAGCACAGUGCUCUUCAAUGAAGUAAAGUAUAUAAAACACACACACAUAUGAUAGAGGAUAGUAAUACAAGAAAAAUAUAGUCUCACUUUUGUUGAAUCCCCCUACCGAAAAUCAUUGGAAGACUUGAACCAACAACCAGACAGUAGAAAGUUUAAAGAACCCCAUGAGAAAUUCUAUCCUAGGUGUAUCAUAAUUACCUAUUGUUCAGAAAGAGACACAAACACAAGCAUGGCGUGUUGUUAAUGCGGGAUUUGAUGAUAACUGCUUACAUUCACACUAUAGGAAAUAAAACCGUCAGAGCGGGAUGGACGCACUGCAUGAAGUGGCGCCAACUAAGUGGAAUUUAGUAAACGAAUGAGCCCCGGGUUUGGAUCGAAUGUUUGUGCAAUUGGAACCGUAUAUACAUAAUAUCUAAUCUAUUGGAUAUACAAACAACCUUACCGCAACAGAGCAGCCAGAUCUAUAUAUGACUACAAACAGAAAACAACGUGUAUGAGGCACAAUAAACAGAAAGGAAACUAGUAUUCAUAUUCAUAAGAAAA